UCCUCUCUCUCUCUCUCUCUCUAUCAUCUUUCUCUGUGUGCUUACUCACCCAGCGAUCUUUUUUGCCUUUUGUGAUUUUCCAAUCAAGAGCAGACCGAGAAAAUGCUAGCAGUGUUCCACAAAUCGAUUGCUAAGAGCCCCGAGGCUCUGCAGAGUCCUCACUCUGAGGCAGUCAGUUCUCUGAAAGAUGGGUUUCUGGCUCGACACUUCUCGUCCGUAUACCCUGGUUCAGUCACCAUCAACCUUGGUGCUUCUGGCCUCAUGGCCUAUUCCAUGGACAAGCAAAACCCUCUUCUUCCAAGAUUGUUUUCUAUUACGGACGACAUAUUCUGCAUGUUUCAAGGCCACAUUGAGAAUGUUGCUCCUCUUAAGCAGCAGUAUGGAUUAAACAAGACUGCAAAUGAAGUCAUCAUUGUUAUGGAAGCUUACAGGACUUUGAGAGAUAGAGGUCCAUAUCCUGCAGAUCAAGUUUUGAGGGAUCUGCAUGGGAAGUUUGCAUUUAUUCUCUAUGAUAGCUCUUCAAAAACUACUUUUGUAGCUGCUGAUGCCGAUGGGAGUGUUCCGUUCUUCUGGGGAGCUGAUGCUGAAGGGAAUAUUGUGCUUUCAGAUGAUGUAGAGAUUGUGAAGAAGGGCUGCUGCAAAUCCUUUGCACCAUUUCCAAAAGGCUGCUUCUUUACAACCUCUGGGGGCCUGAGGAGUUUCGAGCACCCCCAUUCCUUUUUAUUAUUAGAGACCUGACUUGCACCUCCUCGGCCAACCCAUUUCCCUUUUCUUCUUAUUAUUAUAUACACCUUUUCUAUUCUCCAUUAUGCUCCACUCACCACUAU